UUUUUCUUUAACCCAGAUGAUCUGGGUCGCCCCCAUUGUUUGAAAAAAACGACCCCCUGAGAGAGCUCAAACAGUGGAUCUGACGCAAACCCACUUAGAUUUUCUUGUUUACAGCCCUCAGAUCUCUUCAAAAAAAUCGAUUCUUUGUGUAAUCUAAUUGAUUGAUUUUCCUCUUUUUCGAAGUUUUCUCUGCAAUCCAACAGUAAUUGGGUUGUAAAAACGGAGUCUUUUUAAGGUGGAAGGCACAAUUAACAAUGGGGUCGAAGAAGAAAACAGCAUCCCAGAAAAAUUCUCGUUCUGCUUCUCCAGUUAAAGAGAUGGCAAUUUCAGAUCAUAGUGCGAAGCAUCAAAAGGAUUUAGAAAAUUUGAAUCUGUUGACACAGCCUUUCAGAACACUCAAGCUUUUCAGUAUGGCGAUGAUGCAGUAUCUUAUGAAGUCGAUAGCAUAUCUUUUGUCGCAUCGAUGGUGUAUGCUUUUCAGUAUGAUUGCUGGACUUGCCUUAAUACUGCUUGUGACAACCGAUGGUCCUCAUGUAAAGCAUGUUGAGGAGGUUCUUAAACAUCUCCAGUUUGGAUUAUGGUGGGUGGCUCUUGGUGUGGCGUCUUCUAUUGGCCUUGGGUCUGGUUUGCACACUUUUGUCCUUUAUCUGGGCCCUCAUAUUGCUUUAUUUACGAUAAAAGCAAUGAAGUGUGGGCGAGUUGACCUCAAAAUGGCUCCCUAUGAUACAAUACAAUUUCAAAAAACUCCUUUAUGGCUUCAUAAAGAUUGUUCAGAGUUUGGCCCCCCUGUAUUUUCAUCUUCACAUGGCACAAGUGUUCCUCUUAGUAGCAUACUGCUCCAAGUGCAGUUAGAGGCUGUUUUAUGGGGCCUUGGAACCGCACUUGGAGAGCUUCCCCCAUAUUUUAUUUCAAGAGCAGCAAGCCUCUCAGGCAGUAAAAUGGAAGCAAUGGAAGAACUAGAUACCUCUUCUGAAAACAAUGGAUUUAUAGCUACUCGUCUGACUCAAAUGAAGCGAUGGUUUUUUUCCCAUGCACAAUGUUUGAACUUCUUCACAAUUCUAAUACUUGCUUCGGUUCCGAAUCCUCUAUUUGAUCUUGCUGGCAUAAUGUGUGGACAAUUUGGGAUCCCAUUUUGGAAGUUCUUUUUUGCAACUUUGAUUGGAAAGGCCAUCAUUAAAACUCACAUACAGACCGUGUUUAUAAUUUCAGUUUGCAACAACCAACUUCUUUAUUGGGUGGAAACCAAGAUGAUUCGGAUGCUUAGUUUUAUACCUGGUCUCGAAACCAUGUUACCCAAAAUCAUUGCGAAGCUCCAUUCCAUGAAAGACAAGUAUAUGGCUACCAAAACUCCUUCCACUUCAAAUAUAAAGGUGAACAAAUGGGAUUUCUCAUUUGCUUCAGUUUGGAACGGCGUGGUAACCAUCAUGCUACUGAACUUUUUCGUUAAGAUUGUAAAUGCUACUGCACAGCGGUAUUUAAAAAGACAGCAAGAAGAGGAAUUGGCUAGUCUGAAGAACAAAUCAUCUUGAAGGAAAUCAGAUAAACCCCCUCUUCAUUCUCAUAGAUUUGUUUUUCGGUCAAGCUUUUUCUUUCCGCUAUCUACCUUUGUUAAAUAGGGGUUUCGAAGUGAUUGGUGGCUACUUGGAGACUCGGCACCAGCAAGUCCAUUUCACAAAACUUUGUACAAAAGAACACUAGUCAGUCUCACAAGUUCAUUGACUAUGUAACUUCAAGAAAAACAUUAUUUAGGGGGUGCCAUUGUUGACAAAAUUGGUGAUCAGGAAACUGGAAAACUCAUUAUUGGGCAAAUGAUUCAACAUUUAGAAAGUGAAGAUACAUUUUCUGCAUUUAUAAACAGGCCUGUUUUUUU